AUCAUUGCUUUCAUUGCCAAUAAUUGAUCCAAAACAUAACAUCACUCCACAACAUUGAAUUCCAAAUAGAUAGUAGUUCUCAAUCAUGCUGCGAAUAUACGUCACCGUUUUAGUGCUCUGCCUUUUCGGCAUUUCCUUAGCAACAGCGCAGUUAAAAGACAUCACUGUCGAGAUAUUCAAAGACAACAAGUCAGUGACUUUAAUGAAAACAGUAACGUUUCUACACGAACCUUAUAUAACAGAUAUCUUUAUAGAAAAGCAAGAUGUGCCAGUGUUGAAGACGGGAAUAUUUGAUGGCUUGUUUCUGCUUCAUACCAUAAACAUAAGAAAUACGAACUUAGUGACAUUAGAACCGAAUAUAUUUAAAGGACUGAGACGGAUCAGAAAAAUCAGUUUGAAUUUCAACAAGAUCUAUUCCGUCCCUCAGAAUGUUUUUACAAAUAUACCUGUGUAUAUAGUAGCUCUUAGAGGUAAUGGGAUAACACAUAUUAGCGAAAAUGCGUUCUAUAACCUUCAAAAUCUGAGAAAUUUGGACUUGAGUAGUAAUAAUAUCGAACUACUGCCCAAAAAUCUUUUUGUUAACACCAAGAACCUGAAAUACAUCGAUCUGAGCUACAAUAAGCUAAGACACUUCCCUGCAGUUCCUUACAAACCGUAUCCCUUCUUCGACGUAGCUUUCGCCAACAUGGUACCUGGAGAGCCAUCUUUUCUUGAUUUAAGUUACAAUAACUUCUCCUUCAUCAGCUACUACCUCCUUAGAGGCAUCCACUAUAUCGACGAGUUGCGUCUGCAGAACAACCACAUCAAACUGAUCAGUGAGUACGCUUUUGAUGAUUUCACGAAGAUUAAUACUUUAAAUCUGGAUGGUAACGAUCUUAAAGAGAUGAGCGAUGGGUUGCUGGGUGUUCUUACGUACGUAGAGAAUGUGAAGGUAGAAAAUAACCCGUGGAGAGAAAGCUUCGUGUGCAAAUAUACGGACUGGUGUGAAAGACAUGAAAAAUCUAACUAUAUGGAGAUGAAGUGUCCUUUAAAACUAUGGUUAUAAUAUUUGUAAUAGAAAUUUUAUUUUAUUAAUUAUUAUAAUUGUAUAUAGUUGUUAUAGUUAUAAUUGUUAUAGUUGUUUUAUUAAUUAUUACAUAUUUAUAAUAUAUACAUAUAGAAGUUUUGGAGAA